CUGCCCACUAGUGUGUGGACGGUGGUGGGGUGUGCAGUGGGGGCUGGGGCCUGAGCUCUCUCCUCUCCUGCAGGGGCAGAAUCCUUUUGAGCUGGCCUUCUCCCUAGACCAGGCUCAUCACGGGGAGACUGACUUCAGCCUGGAGUGCCCAACCCGCCCUGACAUGCCCGCGAGUCAGCCCAUCGACAUCCCCGAUGCCAAGAAGAGAGGCAAAAAGAAGAAGAGGUGCCGGGCCACCGAUAGCUUUUCAGGCAGGUUCGAAGACGUCUACCAGCUGCAGGAGGACGUGCUGGGGGAGGGCGCCCACGCGCGCGUGCAGACCUGUGUCAACCUGAUCACCAACCAGGAGUACGCCGUCAAGAUCAUUGAGAAGCAGCCGGGCCAUAUUCGGAGUAGGGUUUUCCGGGAGGUGGAGAUGUUGUAUCAAUGCCAGGGACACAGGAACGUCCUAGAGCUGAUUGAGUUCUUUGAGGAGGAGGACCGCUUCUACCUGGUGUUUGAGAAGAUGCGGGGUGGCUCCAUCCUGAGCCACAUCCACAAGCGGCGGCACUUUAACGAGCUGGAGGCCAGCGUGGUAGUGCAGGACGUGGCUAGCGCUCUGGACUUCCUGCACAACAAAGGUGGGUGGCAGGUGGCUGCUCAGGGGGCCACCUGCCUGAGGGGUCCCUGGAUGUCCAGCCUUGUAUCCAGUCCACCUGCCCAGGACUCCUGGAAGAUGUGUUCACCCACCCUUGACCUGCUCCCAUGUUUCCUGGUUCUCCCUACAGGCAUCGCCCACAGGGACCUCAAGCCGGAAAACAUCCUCUGUGAGCAUCCCAACCAGGUCUCCCCUGUGAAGAUCUGCGACUUUGAUCUGGGCAGUGGCAUCAAACUCAACGGGGACUGCUCCCCCAUUUCCACUCCCGAGCUGCUCACCCCGUGCGGCUCCGCCGAGUACAUGGCCCCCGAGGUGGUGGAGGCCUUCAGCGAGGAGGCUAGCAUCUACGAUAAGCGCUGCGACCUCUGGAGCCUGGGCGUCAUCCUCUACAUCCUGCUCAGCGGCUACCCGCCCUUCGUGGGCCACUGCGGCAGCGACUGCGGCUGGGACCGCGGCGAGGCCUGCCCAGCAUGCCAGAACAUGCUAUUUGAGAGCAUCCAGGAGGGCAAGUACGAAUUUCCUGAGAAGGACUGGGCCCACAUCUCCUUCGCUGCCAAAGACCUCAUCUCGAAGCUCCUUGUCCGUGACGCCAAGCAGAGACUGAGCGCUGCCCAAGUCCUGCAGCACCCCUGGGUGCAGGGGUGCGCCCCGGAGAACACCCUGCCCACGCCCAUGGUCCUGCAAAGGAACAGCUGUGCCAAAGACCUCACUUCAUUCGCGGCGGAGGCCAUUGCCAUGAACCGGCAGCUGGCCCAGCGCGAGGAGGACGCGGCCGAGGAGGUGGGGCAGGACCAGCCCGUGGUCAUCCGAGCUACCUCACGCUGCCUGCAGCUGUCCCCGCCCUCCCAGUCCAAAUUGGCCCAGCGGCGGCAGCGAGCCAGCCUGUCCGGAGCCCCCGUGGUCCUGGUGGGAGAUCACGCGUGACGCCCUCCUUCCCUCUGUACAUAGGCCGCCCCUCCCCCCGUCAAAUCUAAAGGUUUUUUUAAGCUAUUGCCCGCGGGUGACCAGCGGGCUGCCCUCCCCCAGGCUGGAUUCCGAGGCGCUAAUAAGCUCAGCUGGGGGGGAUCUUUUUAUAUAAGGUUUUUGCUGUUGGGUUUUUCUUUCUUUUUUUUUUUUCUUCUGUUUCCCGCCGUACCCUCCUUUUUUUCUUUUAAUGGUGUUAAAAGCAAAGCCGGCGCCCGGGGAGGAGAGCGGAGCGGCGUGCGGCUGGGUGGGCGCCCUCCCGCCGCCGCCGCCCCCGGGCCGGCCUGCCGGGUACUGUGAAGGCCCCUCCGCGCCGCCCGCGGGCCUCAGGGGAGGAGUGCGUAGCCGUCUUCCGGGGCCAGGGCCGGGCCGGACCGCCCGCCCCCUCCCCAGCCCGCACAGUGUUUUCAGGGACAGGUUGACCCCCACCUCCCCUUGAUGAGACGGUCGCUCCUUCCUUCCCCCACCGACACCCUGGUGGCAGGGCGGGGGCUUCUCAGGUCUCCCCCUGUCGCGGGAGUGGAGCCUGGGUGCGGGCGGCAGGAUGGGCAGGAUGGCCCACUGGACGCCCUGCCGACGGCCACUGGGGGCUCCCUCGAACCUUGACCUUAAGCUGCAGCUGACGGCCCCUCCCCCGGCCUCUCCCCCAGGACCGCCCGCCUGGGAGGGUGGCUCCAGAAGUGGGGGGGGCUGGGCGGGCGCCCGUCGGCCAACGCGGGGGUCCCGUGGACCCCCGCCCGGGCACCCGAGUGCCCCUUCUCAGGGCUCAGUCUGACCACGGCCACGUCCUGCCCCGUCGCUCCUCGGGUCUGGCGCGGAAGCUCUGUCAGCCCCCCACCCCGGGUCUCGCGGAAUCCCCCCCGUCGGGCGGCGCUCCUGCCCCGCCCACCUUCAGGAAAACCGCCCCUUCCGCCCGCCCGCGCCGCAGUCGGACGCCGCGUGAACCGCCGUGCUCGGGGAGGCUCUGGCGCCCUUCGGCCUCGGGCGGGAGACACUAUGCAAUACAGGCUUCGUUUUCUACGUGCACACUUGCUUCUGCCGCCGGGGCGUGCCGGGGUCUGGGCCGGCCUCGCGGGCAGCCGCCCGGACAGCCCUCUGGCUUCUGGUUGGUUGUCCUGUUUCGUUAGUUUUCUAAAACAUCAGUUGACAUCCUUUCCCUGUUUUCGAAGAAUACUUGAAUGUGGGGGGGAGGUUCCUGAGGCGUGGGGGUCUCGGACGCCGUCUCUGGGGCCCCCCAAGUCUCAUUGCAGUCCGUGGUGGUUGGUGGGGGGCCGCCGCCUCCUCCCCGCCCCGUCCGCCCGGAUCUGUGGACUGGCCUUUCCAAAGACUCCGGGGGUGGAGAGGCCGCCCACCCCAUCACUUCUCGCCCAUCGGUGAUUCCACAUUUUGCAACUGGGGAUUCUGCCUUUUUAUAAAAAACAAAUGGACUCUCGCCCACUUCAGGCGCCGUGGCCAUUUUACUGGGGAAUGCUGAGCUGUGAGCAGCUUUUUUUUUUCAAAGGUGGGACAGCCACUUCCUCCCCCUGUCACAUGGACAGUGCAGCUGGAGGACUGGUCAGAACCGUUACUGUGAAUGAGUGGCCUGGGUCCCAGGCUGCUCUGGCGCUGGGGGAAGGGGGGAACAGCAGUGUUUCAAUGUUAACGUGUGAAAAAAACAAAAAAAACUUAAAUUUUUUUAAAGUGGGGGAAAAACAUCCAAGCACUUUAACUCCACUGUACCAGGUGAACUGAUACAGCUCAAAAGUUUUUCUUUACACCAACUGUCAAUGCCGGAAUUUUGUAUUCUGUUUUGUAAGGAUUUAAUAAAAGUCAUAAAAACUUG